CCGUACUCUGGUGAUGUCACUGCCGUCCAGUAUUUUGUAUUGUUUUGGCGGGGUUUGCCACUUCGCCCGUUUCGGAUGCUCGGUUCAUUUUGUAAACAUUAGCUUUCCACCUACGAAAUAUGGAGCGUGGAAGGAUGAGUCGAGCAGCAAGCAGCAGGCUGUCGGAGCUGCCAAUGAGAGUGCAGGACAGCAACAGGAUGAGCAUGGUGUACACAACACCCAAGAGUAAACAGCCUUCCUUUGGAAAGCUCAACAUACCCAAACCAACGUCUGUGAACUCUGAAAGGAGGACCAGCUUCUUUAGUUCCAGGACUAGUGGAGCCGGCAUGCCUCGCAACAGCACUAUGGCAGGGUUUGGAGGAAGUGAGAAAAUCAAAGACACCAGACCUCUGCAUGAUAAAUCCUUUGUUCAGCAAUGUAUCAGACAGCUGCAUGAGUUUCUGACAGAUCAGGGUUACCCAGGCACUUUGUCAGCCAAGACCCUCCAGUCUCCGUCUACCAAGGAGUUUGUGAAAGUGUUUGAGUUCAUUUACCGUCAGCUGGACCCGACCUUUGAGAUGCCUAAUGUAAAAGUUGAGGAGGAGGUUCCAGCUAUGCUCAAAGCCCUGAGGUAUCCAUUUGUUCUCUCCAAGUCUUCAAUGUAUUCUGUCGGAGCUCCCCACACCUGGCCUCAGGCCCUGGGUGCUCUCAUGUGGCUAAUUGACCAAGUUAAGAUAAACUGGAGUUUGAGUAAGCAGAACCUACUGCUCAGCGACUUCUGUGAGGACAGCGAUGAUAUCGAGGAAGGCGCUGAGUACAACAAGCUCCUCCUGGACUACACAGCUGAGGCCUACUCCAAGUUCAUGCAGGGUGAAGACACAUUUGACGAUGUGGAUGAUUCGUACCUCAGUAAACUAAAGAAACUUUAUAAUGUUGAUGAAGCCCUGCUGAACACGAUGGAGGAGAAGCACAGAAUACUCAGUGAUGAGGUCGAACGACUUGAGAAGGAGAGCCAGACGGACCGUCUGAUGACCAAGAGGAUGGAAAGGGUGAAGCUGCAGGCGGACCUCAAGAAACUCCAGAGUUAUCGCAGCAGCCUGGAGUCCUUUAAAGCCAACCUGGAGAACAAAGCUUCAGAACUGAGCGAUGAGCUGGAGACCACUGGGAGCCAUAUGGAGUCACUCAAACACGAGCAAAAUGAGCUGCAAUGCCUCCUGAAAAACCAGAAGUUUACUCCAGCGGAUGUCGAGAGGAUCAACAGAGAGAAGAGAGAACUCCAACAGACCAUCUCCAGUCUCACCAAGUCUCUGGAAGAUGCUGAGCAGCACAAGUGGAAUGAGGAGAUCGCUCUGGCCAAAGUGAAUGAGAAGGUGGAGUUGAAGGUAGCAGAGUACCACAAGCUGGCACGUAAACUGAAGCUGAUGCCACUGUCCGCAGAGAACGCUGGUGGUCAUGAUUUCGAGAUCAGGCCGUUUGAAUGUGGACCCGGCAGCAUGGUUCAGCAUAAAACGCAGAGACAGAUGCUCCUGAGAAAGCUGGUCAGUGACGUGGAGGAGGAGAACGCUAGAUUAGCCAACAUGAAGCUCAGUCUGGAGGAGUCUUGUGAACAGGUGAAUUCUAACAUCUUGGACAAGUCCAAUGACCUGAAGCAGCUGAGAGAGCAGAUUCGCAAGCUGGAUGAACGAUUGGAUUCUGACAUGCAGGAGCUGGCCCAAGAAGAAAAGGAUUGGGCAGCAGAGAAGGAGUCUGUUGAAAACCAUCGUAAGCUUCUUGAGAAGAAGAUCAAUUAUGGUUACGACGAUGCCGUGCAACAACUGAAGACAGCACAACAACAGUACCACCUGGUGCUGCAGGAGACCAACGAGGAGAGACGAACAGUAGCCAACAACCUUGCGUCCGUAUUUACCACAGCUACAGACCACUUGGCAGUCACAGAGAAAUGUCUGGAGGAUUUGCACAGCAGAGUGCAGCGAGCCUGCUCUAAGGCUGUAGAGGAAGAUGAAGGUGCCGUACAGAAGCUGAAGGAGACUUUGAGGAGCUUCACGUCCAAGGCAAACAGUUUGUAAAGUGAGGCAGGGCAGGAUUUCUUAUUCACUUUCUUUAUUGUGCUGAUGUUCAUAUACAGAGGUACACACAGAUACACAAACUGCCUUACUAGCUGUUUGGGGGGAUUUCGGCGAUGCUUUAUUGUCAGUUUGAUUCCCAGUCGCCCCCAGUUUUAUUUUUACAAGAAUAUAAGAAAAAAAACGUACUUUCACUCAUUUGUUCUGAACAAGUUUUGGACAUGUAUCAUAUUACUAUGUACUUAGAUUAACAAAACAGAAAAAAAUAGUCACUGUCAGUUUACUUUUUGAUAAAUUAUUUUGUUCUUAAAUACAACAGCAGCGUGUUUUUGCCAUCACAGAUACAUUGUAAUUACAGUGCACGUGUUCUGUUAGUUAUCUGGUAUUUACACACUCCAGAUUCCCAUGUGUCUUUCUUUCUGUGUCGUUCUAUACUUACACUUCACUGUGUUUUUUUAAAAUAAUAAACUAAUAUGAAAAAACAAC